AUCCCGCUGUCCUAAUCACACAAUCCGUUCCCCUCCUUCUCGAUUCAGCUGUGUGACCGAGAGCCUCAUCUCUCUGUACAAGGAAUCUUCAAGCCGAUCCUGUUCAUUUCGUUCGUCCAAGUCGAAGUAGCCCACAGAACUCCCAUCUUCAUACUCAAAGAUCGAGGUCCAGUAAUGUCAACUCCUUGGCUGCGAAUCUCACUUGCUACCACACAAGCUCGACGCCUAUAGGAACAAAUUCUGAAUCUCUCUCUUAUUGUGGGUCACGGCUAUGCACAGACAGAAAGCCAUCUCCGUUCAGUUUUUGCAGCCUCUGUCCUCAGUUGCAUGUUCAUCUCCGCUAUUUAACUCUCUUCAAAAGUCACGCCCUUUGACUUGGUUAAUUGAUUAAUUGAUGAACCACGCCAAUCAUUAUAGUCUUCCUGAGCUAUCUAUUGAUAGAUGGUAGUUGGUACGACAAUGGAUGCUGUAAAAAGGGCUUGGUGAAGUAUAAAACAGUCCUCAGGGUUUACUCCUGUAGGCAAUUUGCUUUGCUGAUCAUUCUGAUUCCUAAAUCGGAACUUAGAAGAUUUAGAAGAUUGACUGGCUUAUUGCUAAUCCUUUUAAACUCUGCUCAGCUCUCUUCUCUCAUAUAAGCGUUCCUUGCUGAUGAAGUGAUACCUGGUUUUGCUGUAGCCCAGAGGACCCCUGAUUCAGCAAAGUAACCCCUCCCUCUUUUGGAGGGAAGACAAAAACAGGAAUGCACAACGCAUAUUUUAGCUCCACCAUAUAUGCUAUUCGGAGUAAAAGUUCCUUCUCUUUAUCAUUCAAUGAUUACCCAAACGUGUCAUGUGAAAGAUUUGACAGAGUCCCAUCAUGCCGCCCCUCAUGCUGUGGUUGUUGUCAUGGCUGUGCACUCUCCACCUGUAGAGUAUCCUUAAACCCUAGUCUUCUAUUUGGGUUGAGACAAUCCACUUUGCUUCAAUUGUCAGCAUCUAGAAGGUUGAUUUUGGAUGGAAGAGACCGAUAUUUCUCCCAGCUAGCAGCGUAUGGUCUCAAUAGAGAUUGCUAUGAGCUUGAUUGCUCGUUCAGUGAGAGAAGUGUUCCUAACAGAAGUAAGAGGAGAAUAAAUCAAAGGUUUUUUUGCUCAGUUUCGGAGGAAGAGAGUGGAACUAACCAUUCUUUUGGUUCUGACGAUGCUGAAUCAGUUAUCAGCUUAUUGAGUGAGGAGGCAGAUGGGAAUUUUACUUGUUUUAGAGCAAAGAAUGUUUCGUCAUCCAAGAACUUGGAUAUGGAGAAGAAGAGGAAAAAUUGGAGGAGAGAGAGAAAUCAGAAUUCAGGUAAGAAAGAAGUAAAGAAAGGAAAUCUGAAGCAUCUAGAGACCUUGACAAGAGACUUGAGGAAAGAGGAUGAAAAGCUCAAUGAAGAAAAGAAAGCUGUUGCAAAAGGUGGACACCAUGGGAAACGAAGAGAUGUUUCUAGUUGCUCAUCUUAUUACUCCUUUUCAUCUUUAGGAGAUAUGGUUAGCGACCUGGAAGUUGAAGAUAAGCAUGGGAAAUUUUUGGAAGAAUUAUCAGUGGAGGAGGACAAAACAAGUCAUAUGGAGGAACAGGUGAAGGAAGAAUUCAACAGGCUAAGAAAUGACUCAGAGAAGCUGGAAGAAAUUUCAAACCAGGAAAGAACUGCAUAUCAUGCUGAUAUUGAUUGCAGUCUAAGAAAGAAGUCUGAGAAGAAGCUGACGGAGGUAACUACAGAAGAAAAGUUAGGGAAAGAACCCCAAGACAUACAUCCAAGAUUGUCUGGGAGGCAUGAAUCUGGUUAUGGAAAAGCCUCCACAUCUCACAAACAAUUUGAAAGCGAGGAUGACACUUCAUCUCUGAUUAGAAAUUCACUUAAGAAAGCAAGAGAGGACCAGAUUCAAAUUUCAAACCGAAGAAAGUAUCAAUCUACAGAAAUACAAGAGUCUGAUGGUUAUGAAGCCGAACUGAAAAACACAUUUGGUGGCAGGGAAGGGAACCUAGAGAUAUCAGGAACACUGUUCCGGGAAAAAAAUUAUGGACAAAAAAGUUUUGUUGAUUCUAGCACUAGAAAGGAUGUGUUGAGUAAGAAUAAUCAGAAGAACUUUGAAAAGUCAAUAAUUGAAGGUUCAGAGGUGGGGUCAAAUACUAGGAUGAAGAACCUUGAAGAGGACAAAACUUCAGUUCGAAGUUCAGUUGGGAAUAUGGAGGAGCAUCACUACCAAAAAGGGGACAGGGUCAUUACGCAAAUUGAAGGGAGAAGAAAAUUUCAACUAUCUGAAUUAUCACAAGUCCAGGAGACUAAUGUUGAAACUGCCUCCACAGUAAAGUCUAGUAAUAUAAUAAAGAACCAGAAAGAUAAUUUAAAGUUGUAUUCACAUGUAAAAGGGGUACGACAUGGAACAGAUAUGAAGGCACCUCAAAGUAGGAAACAAUCUGAACUUGUACACUCCGUUUCAAAAGGUCAUGCCAGCAAUGAAAAGCUGGUUUCAAGAUCUCAGGGAGUUUCUGAUGAGAUGAGGUUGUUCAAAGAUAGUAGCUUGACAUCAAUUAACGCAAGAGACACAAGAGAAAGUUAUUGCCAAACGGAUGAAAGAAUUACGCUGAUCAAAUCAAGCAAUGAGGCCCAGCAACCUACAAACCAAUCUAUCUUAGAUGAAAAUAUCUCAAAAGAGGCUCAGAGCUCUCGAGAAUCAUUGAACUUAGUUUCUGAGGGUAGAAAGCAAUAUGUUAUAUUGGCAGAAGGUGGUGAAAGUAGUUCAGAUGCAAUGUUCGUUCCUUCCUCAUCUAAAUUGAUGAGAAGAGGCUCAACCCGUGAUGAACUAGACCCUGGAACUUCAAUCCCAGAGGUCCGCCCCAACACUUCAGAAAGUGUCUCAUCGGCCUUGUAUACCAAUUCAGGAGGAAGAAGUCCAGCUUUGCAAUAUGAACUAUGUUCUACAGAUGGAAGUAGUCAGGUUUAUAGUGAUGCUUUAAAUAUUUUAGCCCCUGAGGAUGCUCUAGCUUCAGCUGAUCGCUUAGAGAAAUCAUCCAAACAGUUUGUGGAUGAGUUUGUUCAGAAGGCCAGGCAUGAGGUUGUGCCUGAAACGCAAGAAAUGGAAAUUACUGGAACCAAAUUGUCCACUGAAGAUGAGAAGAAUCAGUUUUACUGUGGAAGGCAACAGAAUACUCAAAAAGUUUCUAAGUCAAGGGAGCGUGAUUCGAGUCAUUCCUCUGGUUUCUCUGGGGCAAAAGGACCUUCUGAUGAAAUGUGGGAUGAGCCAGAAUCAUCCAUUAAACAAAGUCCACCAGCUGAAGAAGCAGAGGCCAGUCUUGUGAGAGAGAACUCAAUUGUCAAGAGAACAGGUAGGACCCUAUGGGGAAUCAUUGCAGAUGUUGUUCGACUACGGUGGCAUUCACGUGCUGAUGACUCCACUUCAGCCUCAAAAUCAGGUGAAAGAGACUCAUCAAACAAGUCUGACAAUGACACAUGGUUUUCUGGCCAGGAGCCUGAAGAAGCUGGCAAAAGUAAAGUAAUAAAGGAAAGAACAAGUGUGCGAAUACAAGCUACAACUCCUGACCAAUUACAACCUCAAAAAUCUCAUACACAAAAUGAGGGAGAUGUAUUUGACACUAUGAAGUUGACUGACAAAGGAGAACAUCUUGAGGCUGGCACGUCAUUUUCUCCUAAUGAAUUGGGAAGUGGAUCAACAUCUAUGGGCAUCUCCUCUGCUACUGGAGAGGGAAACGCUAGUUGGACUGAAGAUGGAAAAGAUUUCCGAGUCAGUACAUCUGGUGCUGGAACCAUGGAAUUAUCAAUACCUUUACCUGCUAGGCCACCUUUGGUAGAAGAAAUUGUAGAUACUGGUGGAACUGAGUCACUGGGACGAAUGGAGGAUCCCGUUGCUCCGAAACAGACUGAAAUAUCUGUCAUGGGAAGAAGGGAUGCAGAGCUGAAGCAAAGGAAGCUUCAACGGAACAAGCAAGUCAUAAGGGACAGGUUUGAUGAGUGGGAAGAAGCUUAUAAACUUGAACUUGAGCAACGAAGGAUGGAUGAGGUAUUUAUGAGGGAAGCACUUCUGGAAGCCAAGAAAGCUGCUGAUACAUGGGAGGUGCCUGUUGGCGCUGUACUUGUGCGGGAUGGGAAGAUUAUUGCCCGGGGAUGCAACUUGGUGGAGGAGUUACGAGACUCUACAGCCCACGCAGAAAUGAUUUGUAUACGGGAAGCUUCAAAUCUUCUGCGGACAUGGAGACUUGCGGGCACUACACUUUAUGUCACACUUGAACCCUGUCCUAUGUGUGCUGGUGCCAUUCUUCAGGCAAGAAUAGAGACUCUUGUAUGGGGAGCUCCCAAUAAGCUUCUUGGGUCUGAUGGUAGCUGGGUUAGACUUUUUCCUGAUGGGGGAGAAAAUAGAUCAGAAACAAAAGAAAAGCCAGCUGCCCCAGUUCAUCCUUUCCAUCCAAAAAUGAACAUAAGAAGGGGAGUGUUGGCCUCAGAAUGUGCUGAAGUGAUGCAACAAUUCUUUCAGCUGAGAAGGAAAAAGAAGAAAGAACCAUCGCCAUCUCAACCAAGCCAAACUUCUCACCAUCAUCCAUCCAAACUUCUCCAAAAAAUGCAUAACAUUUUCCACAUGAUGUUUUGUUUGUAAGAUCAGACAUGAGAAGAGAUCUUAGUGAAAAGUGAUGCGUACAUGAUCUCAUUAAUUAUGGUUUUUGUAAUUUCAAUUACAGGAAGAAGAUUCUGGAACUGUGUAGAAACGUUCGAGAGUUGAUGAUACUUUAUACUCACGUUAGUGUCUUAGAACUCCAGAGAUUAACGGAAUGAUAAAAACAGAGUACUGACAGAUAGGUCAAAUGUAGAAAUGGUUGGUGAGAUAGUGUUUUCAAUAAAUGCAAUUCCAUUUUUCUUAGUCA